AAGAAAAGAUAUUUAACUUCCGGUUUCACAAUCGUUUGAAUUGUUGUGCAGUAUCCAAUCAAGCAUUUAUAUUUCCUGAUAUUUGAGAUGAACGAAAGUUCUAAAGACAAAUCGAAACAAACGACGAUGGGAAGUUACUUUACACGUCAAUCUAAAGAUAAAGAAAAAGACAAGAAAGAAAAAAUGGAAGAAGAUAAACCCACAAAUUUUAUUGAUAGGAAAACGAGAUUUAAGAACAGUUCAACCAAUGAUGAUUGGUCAUCUGGAUGGUCAACUGGCUGGAGUUCUGGUGACUGGAAAAAGAAAGAUACAGAAGAUUAUCGCAAUGGAUAUCCUGGUAAAAGUGAUAAACUUGAUCAAAAUGAUAACUUGAAGUUUUACAAGAAUGAAUUAAAAUCUUAUCCUGAUGGUGAUUUAAUAGACACAAUUCACAAGAAAUGGUGGGGUAACUACAAGUUACUUGAAAGACAUCAUGGCUAUAUCCAAUGGUUGUUUCCUAUAAGGGAAUCAGGGAUGAAUUAUCAUGCACAGAUUUUACAAAAACAUGAAGCAGAAGGAAUAAUGAAAGAUGAAAAGGCGCGUCAUAGAGUUUUGAAGUCUUAUAAGAUGAUGUUAGACUUUUAUGGGAUGCAAAUCAAAGAUGAAGUGACAGGAGAGAUAGAAAAAGCUGAAAAUUGGAAGGAAAGAUUUAGCCAUCUAAACAGGUCAUAUCACAAUUAUUUGAGAAUAACCAGAAUCCUAAAAUGUCUUGGAGAACUUGGAUACGAACAUAUGAAGGUCAGAUUUCUAGAAUUUAUUAUUGAAGAAGCAUUAGAGAAGAAAACUUUGAAAAAUUGUUACGAAAGCUGUAAAGACUAUUGGGUAGAAACAUUACGAGCUGACGAUGAAAGAAAGAGACUUCAAGAUUACAUGAGAAAAGUUGAAGAAGGUUAUGAAUCAGGUGAUGACAAAUAUGGUCGCCAUAGUAACAAAGCAGACGACAGCAAAAUGUCAAAUUUAGCAUCUACUCAAAAUGAUGUCGAUAUGGACGAUGAUUCACAAGAAAUGAAGCAUUAUGCAAAGGAAGCUGAGGAAGGAUCAGAAAAAGUACCGCUUGAAAGUCAAAUGUCACUUGAUAAUAUUGUCGAUCAAGGGAAAUCAGAAGAUGAAGAUAAAUGUGAUGAAGAUAGUGAAAUCCGUGAUUCAGAUGCAAUGGACACUGAACAGGGACAAAAACAAGAGGAGACUACGGGAAAGGAGCAAAAUAAAGAAACAAAGCAAAAACCAGACGAAAAUUCAAAGACAGAAACCAAUCAAGACUUGUCAACGUCGCAAGCAAAAACUAGCACACAAACAGAUAGCCAAGACACACAAUCAUAUAAUUUACAGAAUGUCUGAUUUAUUUAUGUUUAACUUGAAAACCAUUCAAUAGUUGUGAUAUUUUCAUAUGUGUUAGAAAACAGGACUAAGCCAUUAACAUGAUAAAGGUAGAAUACUAAAAUAGAUGGAUUUGAACUUUGUUUAUUUGUUAUAAUUAAAAGAAGGUUCAUUGAUAAUUAUUACAUGUAUUGAUUCCAAAUGAUACUUCAGUUUGUAAUUGUAAAGUCAGAAAUUAUUGCAAGCAUUUGUUUAAAUUUCAGUUUUGACAUAACCAACUAAAAUUUGAUAUUAAUUGUUGUAAUUUCAGGAAAAGCUGCAUACAGAUUUAUAUGUUUUGAUAUACAAAUAUUUUAAUAACCCAGUUGCACAAUUCGCAAUAAAAUCUGAAUUUACAGUUAUAAUCAAGAAGAAAAAUUAGCCAAAGAAUAUUUAGUGUAAACACAAUGAAUCAUGAAGGAUUUCAUAGUGACAUCAAAAUUGUACACCUUGUCAGAUGCUGAAAAUGUUAAUUUUAUAUAUUAUUUGUGCAAAGGAGUAGGUCCGGUAAGAGCCCUUUUUGGCCCCAAAAUAUAGCAGUUUUACAAAAUUGUUAAAAUGUAAACUUUCAGUUAUUUAUUGGAUAGUAAAAUGGUUCUGCUACAUAAAUAUGGGCUGUUUUUGGCAAUACAAUGCACAUAUAUUGAGUACUAGCACCAUUAAGUCAUGCUAAAUUACUGAUAUCAUCAAAAUUCAAGCAUUUUAGUUAAAUUUUAGACGGUUUCCGUGUAAAACGAAAGUGGCCGCAUUCGUGUUCAUCCAAAAUAUUAAAAUGGAAGUUGUAUUUGAUGAUAAUACAUAACAUAUAUAAAGAUUGAGGAUGAACACGGAUGCGGCCACUUUCAUUUUUGACAAAAAAACAUCUGAAAAGUGACAUUUUUUCACAUAUUUGGUAGAUUUUUCAUAUUUUAGCUUGAAUCGGAUCGUUUUUUAUGACUAAAUGAGUUAAAAUCUUUCACAAAAAGUCUUCAUUUCAAAUGAAAUAGACACUUAAGUGUUCAAAAAGUGGGCAAAAUCUUUCAUCAGAUGAAACUGAAAUUUGAGGCCAAAAUCGGUCCUUACCGGACCUACUCCUUUGCUUUCAAAACAUAAUACCCACAUGCAUUGAACAUCAUGAUUUUGAAUCUUAAUAUAUUUCUCAGUAUUUUCACUAUUUCUCCUUGUUUCGUCAAAAGUUAAAAACUGUUCUUUUAUAUUUAAAAAAAAAGUUCCAAGGAAAUAUUUUUCAGAAGGAAUAAGAUCUCAAUUAUGUAAAAUGCAAUAUAGCAGUAGAAAUGUCUUUUGAAUCUAGAAUGAUACCACUCCAAGCUAUUAACACUACCAAAAAGCAACAAGAAAAUGUGUAUGUUCUAAUAACAAAAUUAAGGUGGUAAGACAUGUUAUAUCAAAGGUCAAGGCCAAAAUUCCCUCUUUAAGUCUCUUAGGAUUUCCUUUAGAAAAUGUUCUUUGAUUGUCCAUCAUCAAUUAUGAAUCUAAAUUUAAUUAAUGGACACUCUUUGUGGUCAAGUGGUAGUAUGAUCCACUUGAGAAAGGUAUAUGGUUGGUGCAAUAUCUAGAAAAAUAUGGUCAAACUAAUGCCUAAACUGAAUCAACCAUGGCUGAAGGAGAUAUCUUGUAGGUCAAGGUCACAGCUAUGAAUGUGAAACUUUGAAUAUAUGAAUCAUGUCUUUUUCCAUUUCAAAAUUAAGUCUCACAAAGCUCACAAACAAAAACAUCUUAAUUGCUCAUCAACAAAAAACUUUACAUUGCAGAGCUUUGUAUUUAUUAUCAAUAACAGAAAAUAUGAGUAAGGGGCAAGAAGUUCUACCCCCAAUUCCCCCUUUUUUAUACAACUGCAAAAAAAAAAAAAAAAAAAUUGUACAAUAGAAUUAUUGAACAUGAAAGAAACUGACUAACUUCAAGACUAUAAGACUAAAUAAAUGUACAUUCUUACAAUCUGCAAUAAAUCUUAUCACAGGGAUUGACAGAGUUAUUUCCCCUGGUAAGUCUAACACUAAUGUGUAGUGAUGUAAGACCAACAGAUCCAUCUCAUUCCUGUUUUACUGAAGCAUUUAUAAUUUAUAAUCUAUUGUUGUUUGUAUUGAAAAUUAAACAUAUAUAGAAUUAAUUUCAACAAUAUUUUUGUAUUAAAAAACAAAUUAUUGUAAUAAUAUAUACAAAAUAUUACACAGAUAUAAAUUUACGAAAUGGUGUUUCAAAAUGUUGCAUAGGUUAUCCCAAAGAAAUGGUAUGAUAUUAUGGAAUUUAAAAGCUAUUGUUACUGUAAACCAACCAUUUUAUUUUUUGGUAAUUUUUCAUUAUUGUUUUGCAUCAUCAGGUUAUAAUUGCUUGAACAAAGUUGAAAUUAAAUUGUUGAUGAAUAUGUAUGGCUGUUGAUUUUUGUAAUAAAACAAGCACUUUA